AUGGAGGCUGACUACGAAUUCGGUAGGCGGAUUAUCAUUAUACAUGGAGGCGACGGUUUGUGUUCGGCAAGCACGCAGGCACUAAUGACGAUGAGCGCGCGAAGCAAGUCUCGUCUCCACUAUCCCUGCCACAAUGGACGCAUUGGUCAACAAAUGGCGAAGGGUGUUGACCAACUCGCAAUGCCAUCCUCUACCAAAUCGCGUCCAACCGAUGAUACCCUCUUUUCGCGGGUGGUAACAAAUGCGGUGCAGCUUUUCGUGCUCAAUGUCCCAAAGGUCUAG